UUCGCUGUAGCUUUUAAGAGGCGCGCACAUUUCACUGCACGGCCAACAGACCAGCGGACAGGACCCACACAAUCUUAUUCUUUAAGGAGUGAUGUUUUUCGGGCAGGUCACAGGAGCUACUUGACCUCCACCAUGACGGACCGCUUCGACUGCUUCUACUGUCGCGACAACCUGCACGGCAAGAAGUACGUGAAGAAGGACGAUAAGCACGUGUGCACCAAGUGCUUCGACAAAGUCUGCGCCAACACCUGCGCAGAGUGCAGGCGACCCAUCGGCGCCGACGCCAAGGAGCUGCACCACAAGAACCGCUACUGGCAUGAGGACUGCUUCCGCUGCGCCAAGUGCUACAAGCCGCUGGCCAGCGAGUCCUUCUGCCCCCGCGACGACGGCAAGAUCAUGUGCGGCAAGUGCAGCUCCCGCGAGGACGGCAACCGGUGCCAGGGCUGCUACAAGGUGGUCAUGCCAGGAUCUAAGAACGUGGAGUACAAGAAGAAGCUGUGGCACGAGGAGUGUUUCACCUGCUUCGAGUGCAAGCAGCCAAUCCGCACACAGAGCUUCCUGACCAAGGGCGACGACAUCUUCUGCACCCCCUGCCAUGAAAAGAAGUUUGCCAAGAACUGCUUCCACUGCAAGCAGCCCAUCACCUCUGGAGGAAUCAGCUACCAGGAGCAGCCCUGGCACACAGAGUGUUUCGUGUGCCAAACCUGCCGCAAGCCACUGAGCGGCACUCGCUUCACCGCCCAUGAGAACGCCUACUACUGCGUGCAAUGCUACCGGAGCGACGUGGCCAAGAAGUGCCACGGUUGCAAGAACCCCAUCACAGGGUUCGGCCAUGGCACCAACGUGGUGAACUAUGAGGCCUUCUCCUGGCAUGAGUAUUGCUUCAACUGCAAGAAAUGCUCCCAUUCCUUGGCCAACAAGCGGUUUGUCAUGACCGGAGAGAACGUCUACUGCCUCAUCUGUGCUAAACUGUGAGAUGGCUUUGAAAGCAGGAUUAUGCCCCUAAAGAGAAUGGCAUUGAUGACUAAAAUGGAAACAUCAUUUCAAAGAGACGAAUCAGAGGGUAAAAACCAUUAGAGGUAUAAGUCUAGUUUAUCCGAUGACUCAGUGAAUCGAUAAAAUAAAUCGGUUCUGAAAAUAUUCGUUAGCUGCAGCCAUAUUUGACAACAUUAGAAAAAAAUACCACAUUUGAAUGCGUAAGGUCAUGCUUGAAUAUUUUCUAUGCACAUACUAACAUGCAGACAGCAUUUUAUAUCAGGAUAGGUGCUGCUUUCAAUAGGGGAAAUUCAUAAUGUUGUCUAUCCCUGCUUUACAUUAAUACAAGCUUUGAUGAAUACUUUUUUUUUUUUUGAAUGUGGUGCUUUUUUGGCAAGUGAUUUUCAAAUUGUAGCACUUAAAGCUGAAAUAUAAACAGCCCAUGUAUUCAAGACGUUUGAAGUGAAGUUAAAAAGAAAAUUCAUAAGAAUGAAUAAAGAUGGUGGCAAUCUCA